CCCGUUAAUAUUCAACUUUCGUCGCCAAUAUCAAUGACGAUGCGAGUGGGAACACGGGUCAAGAGAGACACUGUGAGAUUAUACCAGUGGUACUGAGCAAUAUGUGACGUUUCCGCUAAAAUGGCCUUACAAACAUUCUAUCCCUUAUACCACGUUACAGCAGUUGAUGCAGCAGUAUCACAGGUGGUUACUACUCGUAAGCAUGCUAUCAACAUUAAGUGUGAUAUUGUGGCUGAUGAGACCACUUAUUCCAACGGUGUAGGCAAAGGGCAGAUAUAGCUCACUAUGUAAAAGUAUAAGAACAUAAUAAUUUUUAGCUAAGGGUACUGGAGGCUAUUCAUAGUUGCUUAUUUGCUCAAUAAUUA